AUGGCUUUUAUGAUCUCCCAAAACCAGCCUUCUUUUUCAGACGAAGCAGAAAAGAUCAUUAGCAGAAAAGAGGAAAGUGAGCGCAAAGGUUCGAUUUCCAGUCAUCUUUUGCUGAAAUCGUCAUCACAAAGUCUCGAUAAAAGUGUGGUGCUCAGGCGAAUUCGGCACCACAAGGCAAUGAACAAGGUUAAGAACACUUUGCGGGCUUUGUCACGGCCCGAUAUCUCGGAUGAUUAUUAUUCCGAGGAAUUUUAUCAACACAAAUGGCUGCAACAAGGGGACUGUUUCACCUCCCCAUGA